AUGGCUUCCAAUCUGCCAUCUCAACCAAAUCUUCGAGUCACGAUUAUCGCGGCCGACGGUCUCUACAAACGUGAUGUGUUCCGUUUCCCCGAUCCUUUCGCGGUAGCUACUGUCGGGGGCGAGCAAACCCACACGACCUCGGUGAUCAAAAAGACGCUGAACCCAUACUGGAAUGAACAGUUUGACUUGAGAGUCAACGAGGACAGCAUUCUCGCGAUUCAGAUCUUCGACCAGAAGAAGUUCAAGAAAAAGGAUCAAGGUUUUCUCGGUGUUAUUAAUGUUCGUGUUGGGGAUGUCAUUGAUCUUCAGAUGGGAGGUGACGAGAUGCUCACCAGAGACCUCAAGAAGUCGAACGAUAACCUAGUCGUUCACGGCAAACUGAUCAUCAAUCUCUCCACUAAUCUCACCACCACUCAACCGAAUCAACCCAAUGGUGCCCAGCGACCUGCCGUCCAGGCUCAGUCCUCUACAUCCAGCGGCCUUGUACCACAAAUCGCAUCCGCUACGCCAUCUGCCGGUCCUAGCCAAUCAGAUCUGUCAGCUGCUCCUGGAUCAACAACGUCUCUCGCUCACCGACCUGUUCCAAAUCCUCACCCCAAUUCGGUCACGAACGGCGCUACUGGGGCGGCGCCUCCAGCUGCCCCGUCCCGCGCUAAUCUCAGCUCGUUUGAAGAUAGCCAGGGCCGUUUGCCUGCAGGAUGGGAACGCCGAGAGGAUAAUCUGGGACGCACUUAUUAUGUUGACCACAACACCCGUACGACGACCUGGUCGCGCCCAUCGGCCAACUACAAUGAAAGCGCCCAGCGCAGUCAGCGCGAGGCAAACAUGCAGCUUGAGCGUCGUGCCCAUCAAAGUCGAAUGCUGCCAGAGGACCGCACAGGUGCUAACUCGCCCAACUUGCCCGACUCACAGCAACCAGCAACCCCACCAUCUGGCGGAGUAACCGCUCCACAACCUGCGGCGGCUCCCUCUCCUGGAGCCGCAAGUGCGGGCGCGGGCUCCUCGGCGAAUGCGAUGUCGAUGAUGGCCACUGGAGCUACCACUGCAGGCACUGGAGAGCUCCCACCCGGCUGGGAACAGCGACAUACUCCCGAAGGACGGUCAUACUUCGUCGACCACAACACCCGUACAACGACCUGGGUGGACCCUCGUCGCCAACAAUACAUUCGGAUGUACAACGGUCAAAGUCAAAAUACGGGCGGCAACAACACCACCAUCCAGCAACAGCCCGUCUCCCAAUUGGGGCCACUGCCCAGCGGAUGGGAAAUGCGUCUUACCAACACUGCCCGGGUUUAUUUUGUGGACCACAACACGAAGACUACGACUUGGGACGAUCCUCGUUUGCCUUCUUCCCUGGACCAGGGUGUGCCGCAAUACAAGCGUGACUUCCGUCGCAAGUUGAUAUACUUCCGCUCCCAGCCAGCUCUGCGAAUCAUGUCCGGUCAGUGCCAUGUCAAGGUUCGGCGUAAUAAUAUAUUCGAGGAUUCCUAUGCCGAGAUCAUGAGGCAGAGCGCUUCCGACCUCAAGAAGCGUCUGAUGAUCAAGUUCGAUGGUGAAGAUGGUCUGGACUACGGUGGUCUUUCCCGUGAAUUCUUCUUCCUUCUCUCGCACGAAAUGUUCAACCCGUUCUACUGUCUCUUCGAAUAUUCCGCCCACGAUAAUUAUACCCUACAGAUUAAUCCCCAUUCUGGUGUCAAUCCAGAACAUCUCAACUACUUCAAGUUCAUUGGACGCGUCGUUGGUCUGGCAAUUUUCCACCGCCGCUUCCUUGAUUCAUUCUUUAUCGGUGCAUUCUAUAAGAUGAUGCUGCGGAAGAAGGUCACUUUACAAGACAUGGAGGGUGUCGAUGAGGAUCUACAUCGUAACCUGGCAUGGACUUUGGAAAACGACAUCGAGGGAAUUGUGGAGCUUACAUUCUCUGUCGAUGAUGAGAAGUUUGGCGAGCGUACUACCAUCGAUUUGAUUCCUGGUGGUCGGGACAUCCCUGUCACUGAUGAAAACAAACCGAAGUACAUUGAGCUGGUCACCGAGUGGAAGAUUGUGAAGCGGGUCGAAGAGCAAUUUAACGCUUUCAUGUCUGGCUUUAACGAGCUGAUUCCCCCAGACCUGGUCAAUGUCUUCGAUGAGCGAGAGCUGGAGCUUCUGAUCGGUGGUAUCGCCGAUAUCGACGUGGACGACUGGAAGAAGCACACCGAUUACCGUGGGUACCAGGAACAAGACGAGGUUAUCCAGAACUUCUGGAAGAUCGUCCGCACCUGGGACGCGGAGCAAAAGUCCCGUCUCUUGCAGUUCACUACGGGUACCUCCCGUAUCCCCGUUAACGGUUUCAAGGAUCUCCAAGGUUCCGAUGGACCUAGAAGGUUCACCAUUGAAAAGUCCGGAGAUCCUAUUGCCCUUCCCAAGUCUCACACUUGUUUCAACCGUCUCGAUCUUCCGCCUUACAAGACCCACGAGGCCCUUGAGCACAAGCUGUCCAUUGCUGUGGAGGAGACGCUCGGAUUCGGACAGGAGUAG